CUUCCUACUACGUGCACCUCCCCCUAUCAGGAAAGCCACUACACUCUACCUUCACCUUCUGCUUCAGGUGCUCCCUCAUCGAGGAGCACACCAGUCACUCCUCGCCUACCCAUCCAUACCGCUUACCUGCACUUGGGUACGCCUUGGUCCAGCUUCCCUAGUGAACUGAGUGGCCAGCUGCAGGUGCUGCAUCGAUUAGUUAAGGUCUCUUUCUUUCCAAAUUCAAAGAAAGUUGUUUCUGAUAUUACCACUUCAGACACUUCCAGUGAACUACUACUGCCAUAAUAGAAAUGGACCAUACAGAUGUCAGUGUGCUACCUGAUGAUCUAGUUGUGGAAAUCCUCUCCCGGCUGCCGCUCAAGUCUUUUUGCCGCUUCAAAUGUGUCUGCAAACCCUGGCUUGCCUUCUCCUCUGAUCCAAACUACCGCAAGAAGUUGCCAAAAAUCCCCACUGGUAUUUUCUGCCAGUACCAAGACUUCGAUAAGAAGGCUACCAAGCUUCUUAGCCAGCCCCGAAACGUUGAGAAAAUUGAUGGAUCACUUAGUUUCUUGCCACACCAUCUGCAACUGGAGCUUAUGGAUUGCUGCAAUGGCCUAGUGCUCUGCAUGCAUAGGAGCAUGGAUUGGAGCAGGCGUACAAUUACUUGCCACUUCAUUGUGUGCAACCCAGCAACACAAGAGUGGACGAGGCUUCCUGAUACUCGUCCUUACCAAGAACACGAUGUUUGUGAAGCUAUGUUGGCUUUCAACCCUUCAUGUUCCUCACAGUUCUACGUCUUCAACUUUAGAUGGAAUCCUUUAUCUUCAUUCUUUAGUGGACUUGAGGUGUUUUCGUCUGACCUUUCAACAUGGCUCGUAUAUGAUGCAUGGUGGAAUUCCGGGAUACGCACUAUUAUUGGCUACCCACACUUGUUCAUAGAUGGUUCAUUGUAUCUGUUUAGUCUGCGGCAGAACUCAGUGGAGAGGAUCCUGGUACUGAACGGCUUUGAGGCAAUGAGUUCUCGCAUACCGCCUAAUCGUAGAACUAUUAAGUUGCCUCGUGACCAUUCUGUUGAGCCUCCGAAUGGCCUUCCUGUUGGUAUGUACACCCGCGGUCGAAAUUGGUAGCAAUUGUUGGAAAACCAAGCUGGAGAUAAGCCGUAUGCCUUCAUUUUGGCGAGUAAUAGUGCUGGAAGGAAUCAGGCCUAGUCUAGGAAUGAUGCAUGUUACAAAGGUCUUCUAUAUUUUUCUUUUGUUCCCGUUGUGCUAUUUUGUAAGGGUCUAAAGUCUAAACUAACACUGUCUGAAUGCUGAAAACUCCCUGAUUUCAGUGUAUUGUGUCAUCCAAUUCCCUGGUGCUCUGUUUCUCAAGGCGCACGUGAUAACGUUGUAAAAAUAGAACAAGCUUGUUAUGCAUGUUUCUAGUUCACCAAGCUAUGGAUGUUCGUUCAAAGGAAGAAUGGAUACCUUUUA